CGUUUGAUGCGUUAGUUUCAAACCCAUUUUAAAAUACGUCGAUAAGCAUAGACAAAAACGUAAACUGAAAAUGGAGCUACCUGCAAAGACUAUUUACUUUUUCUUUUUUAUCGUUAGCCUCCACGCUUUUAUCGAUAGUCUUCAUGCUUCAAUAGUUAUAGUAGAACAGAUUCCAAUUCAAAAUGAUGAUGAACAAAGAUUAAACAAUUCAAUAACUACAGAUCUGCAUACUUUUCUCCCUUAUACAAAAAUAAAAGUUCCAAUGAAACAGUGCUACAAUGAUAUAUACAACUGUUUGCAAUCAAGUCCAUUUAAAAAAAAUAAAUGUCUGAAAAAAUUUAGAAAAUGUUCUUCAAAACACUGCUCGGCUAAAGAGUGUUUUAUUGAUGCACGAAAAUGUACAAUGGAAGUCGAAACUCUGCAGAAAGUGCUUAAAUGUAUCAGAACGCUUAAAACAUGUAUAAAAAAGAAAGGAUGCUAAUAAUAAUAUUUAUGAUAACUAUA